UCCGAGAUCGAAACCCAGAAGCGGAAGGCCAGGCAGCUAAGCAAAGCUCGUUGGAAUCAGCAGCACGAAGUCAAACCAGAUUCAUCCCCUCAAUCCGAAGCAGCAGCAGAAGCAGCAGCGGCAGCAUCAGGAAGCGAGUAGACCCGAGGAUGAAGAUCACCGUAAUGACCGCCGACGAGCAGAUCAUCUCCUUGGACGUCGAUCCUCACGAAUCCGUGGAGAAUGUUAAGGCUCUGCUGGAGGUGGAGACGCGCGUGCCGCUGCAGCAGCAGCAGUUGCUCUACAAUGGGAGGGAGAUGAGGAACUCCGAGAAGCUGAGCGCUCUGGGCGUUAAGGAUGAGGAUUUGGUGAUGAUGGUCUCCAGUGGUGCUGCUGCUGCUGCUUCCGGCGCUGCGGGAAAUGACUUGGCCGUGAAUCCUGAUGGGUCUGCUGUGAACCCUGCAGCUCUCCAGCAACAACUUCGACAGGAUUCUAACAUGAUGGCACAACUCUUUCAGAACGAUCCUGAAUUUGCACAAGCUCUUCUGGGAAACGAUCUAAAUAGAUUGCAGGAUAUUCUAAGGGAGCGCCAUCGCCAAAGGUCUCAAUUACGAAGGCAACAAGAUGAGGAACUUGCCCUUCUACAUGCCGAUCCUUUUGAUGUUGAAGCGCAAAAGAAAAUUGAAGCUGCCAUUCGUCAGAAAGGGAUUGAUGAAAAUUGGGCUGCUGCUCUGGAAUAUAACCCUGAAGCUUUUGCAAGAGUGGUGAUGCUGUAUGUUGACAUGGAGGUCAAUGGUGUCCCUUUGAAGGCUUUUGUUGAUAGUGGAGCACAGUCUACUAUUAUAUCAAAAGGUUGUGCAGAGCGUUGUGGAUUGUUGAGGCUUUUAGAUCAGCGGUACAAAGGCAUUGCUCAUGGAGUUGGUCAAUCUGAGAUAUUGGGUAGAAUACAUGUAGCUCCGAUCAAGAUUGGGAAUAUAUUUUAUCCAUGCUCCUUUUUGGUGCUGGAUGCUCCAAACAUGGAAUUUCUCUUUGGUCUAGAUAUGCUCCGAAAGCACCAGUGUAUAAUUGAUUUGAAGGAGAACGUUCUAAGGGUUGGCGGAGGGGAAGUUUCAGUACCAUUUUUACAAGAAAAAGACAUACCAUUGCGUUUUCUAGAUGAGGAGAGGCAUGCCAAGCAAGCAUCUAGCUCAGGAGCCCCAGCUGCGACAGGUACAACCGAUAAGAGUAAAACCACCUUGCCGUCUGGCAGUCAUUCUUCAGGAGCUGCGAACACACCCAGUAAUGCAAGCAAGGAAGCUGAUUUCGAAGCGAAGGUUGCUAAGCUUGUGGAGCUCGGGUUUGGAAGAGAUGCGGUGAUACAAGCUCUGAAAUUCUUUGAUGGUAAUGAAGAACAAGCAGCUGCGUAUCUCUUCGGGGGCUGAACGUGAACUGAAGAUGGAUAAUUAUUUUUUCGCCUCCGACAUUUUUCUCAAUUAUUAUGGGAAUGCUGCUGAUUAUCAUUUAAUUUGAUCAAGAGGAUGUGUAACUUGUUGAGAACGUUGAUUCAACAGUCCCCAUUUUCAGCCACCAAUCUCAACUUUUUGGGAUCCAA